UACGGCAAUAUACGGUACACCGAUACACGAAAAAACAGGCAGGCUCUGCCUGUAGUAAAUAUUAUUGAUUUACCCGUGGAUUUACUUCGUCAUUCCGACAUAUAGCGGAUAGAUUUUUAUGACUCUCUUUAAUCACGACAUCCAGAUUUUGAUCUUGCAGUUCUAUUUUCCACGGUAAAUUUAACCCCCAACGUGGCUCGGGUUUACGAUCCGCGGUUUCCACCGAAAAUGAUUUACUUCAUAUCAGUGCAAACUCGACCGUGUCCAGUAAACGUGCGUUGAAUUUGAAAAACCCACAGAGAUAUUUCUAAACCGUUAAAUCAGACACAUGGGUAUCGCUAAACCUGAAUCUCUUAAACGGGGUCACGAACGUUAAUUGUAAAGUUCAGUCCAUUCUGACCUUACCAACCCCAGAAGCUGUUCGAUAUGAUGCAUUACGGUCCAUGGAUUCAUCAUCAGGGAAUCCUGGACAAUCGGCAAUGCUACAAUCAGUACAUCGAGGAAGUACAGGCUUUCAGACAUCCCAGGGAACAGCAGGACGAGGAGCUCAAGCACACGGUCGAGGAGAUUCAGGAAACACCGGACAUCGAAGUUGGGACAUCCGGAGAGCGAAGUUCCAGUGCAGACUUAUUCAGGCUCGAAUUUGCGGCUACUCAAUGGUCCAAGUUGGUCUCAAACGCGGAAGGUUUGUUCAAUAAACUUGUGACCAGCAACAUAUUGCCCCAUACCGAACAGGAUCAGAUAGAGCAAUGGCUCUGCAUGAAGCAGGAGUACGAGGAAUGCAUAGCCAGCGACGACACGGCGAGUUUACAGGGGUUCGCAGAUGUUACCAGAAGGUCUUUGGAGAGAAUAGAAGAAGUGACUGAAACCGAUGAAAAAACAGACGAGUCUGCGACGUGUGGGGAGUUCAGGAACGAGUCUGACAGUAGCUGCAAUUCCGAGACGGAGGAUUUGUCCGAAGAGGAAAGCGACAUAAGUUCUGAGAAUCCGGAUUUUCUGGACAAACUUGACGAGCUGAUGAAUAAGUUUAAAAACGAUACGGACAAUGUCAUUGAUUCGAAAAAAGAUGAGUUCAGGAAAAUGGAUAUUAUCAUUGAUACCUCUGCCGCAGAAUCUCUGAAUAACGGUAACGACUAUUUGCCAAUAGUUAAGCCAACUCCUAUCAGAAAUCCUAGUUCCAGGAGAAACUCAAUGCUCCCGGGUUCAGAUAUGUGCAAUGGAGUACUGGCAUUCAACGGUGGAUACAAACAGUGUCAAGAUACUAAUUUUAACCACCAAUUGUCAGCACUCAUUGCUGCUAAUACGCUGGAAAAUCGAGAAGUUGAUUUUAGACUUGACAACAACGUUAACGUCGUUAAAAUACAGAAAGAAACACAUUCUCCGGACUUGUUGAUUGAGACGAUUAAAAAUUCUGAUCAAGAUCCAGAGCCGAUCAAAGUGUUGAAAAAUUUGACCCUCACAAACGAGGCGAAGCAAACGCAGGUGAAAAAAAUUCAGUCUGAUUUGGAAGGGGCGCAUAAACGCAUAGAAGAACUUCAGAAUACGAUACAAAUAAAGGAACAGUUCAUAGCCGAUAUGAUAAAGAAUUCCGAAGCUAGAGCAAGCGCCAAACAAAAGUUUCAGAGAAAACGAAGCAAGCUUGAAGAGGAGUAUUAUAACACUAGGACGCAACUUGCUCAAGCAGAAAAUGCCUCCUUGUACAAAGAUACCGAGGGUAAAUCAGCGCAUAAGAAGGAAAUUGAAUUAUACAAACACAUGGCAAUUCACUAUGAGAAACGAUUGAUGGAUAUUGAAAUGAUAAAACAGAUUGCUGGCGACUCUGCAAAGAAAGUGUUGGAGCUUGAGAGUUCGUUAAAUUCGUCUAAGAAGCAAAUGGAGAAGCUGAAGAGACAGCUGAAAAAAGAAGACGAGCACAAAAAGCAGCUGGAAAAUGAGCUAGUCCAGGAUCAGAGAAAGAUAAGAGAAUUGGAGGAGAAGUACAACUUAACAGCUUCAAAAUUAAAGGAAAUACAGUCCGAAAGUGAAGAUGACAGAAAGAAUUCAAAGUCGCAAAACGAUUGUUCCGAUAAGAAAAAAAACCUGCUUGAAGUGAGCGCAAGAAUUUCACAUCUGGACCAUGUUCUGAAAGAGAAAUCAAUGGAUCUGGAGAGAACGGCUGAUACGGAUGAGAAAGAAGCCCUGAGGCACGAGAUAAGAAAUCUCAGGAGGACCAGGGACUGUCUAGUGGAUGAGAAGUGCGAUCUGGAUGAAAAGUUACAGAAAGAAAAAACACUGACGAUAGUAGAGGAGAGAAAACUGCUUGAAUGUGGGGAAACGAUAGAGGCUAUUGACGCAAUGAUUGAGCAUAAAAACGAAAUGAUAUGCGGCAGGAAGUGUUUCGACGAGAAUCAAGUGAAGAGGGAAAAAGGUGAGCAAAUGCUGAUGGAAAGAUUGAUGAAGCUGUCGGACGGUGAGAUGAGAACUCUGUUUUACAAAUACUUUCUCAAAGUGAUCGACUUGAAAGAAAGUUCAAAGAAUUUGGAGAUCCAGGCCGCGGAGCUAGAGGCUCACGCAGAAACCCAAGAGUGGAGAAUCCAGACACUGACUAACGCCCUGAAACAAACGAAGCUGGAAGCGGAGAGAAGGAUCGUUUUGAUGCAAAGAGAACAUGAAGAAAAGCUGCAUCUGAUGUUCCGGCAUUUCGCCGAAGAAACUAGCAGCUCAGGUCAUGACAGGCUUGACAAGGACUCAGAGUUGGCUAGAUGUAAGAGGGAGAACAGAAGCUUGAGACGGAGGCUUGCCGACGUCGAGGGUCUUCUAAAAGGAUCUACUCAUCCUCGAGCAGCUAGUCCUGCCAAAAUACCUCAGCAAGGUUUGAAGCAGAUAGCCCCCAGCACACAGCCUACGACUAAAGUCACCAGGCAGAGAAAUAAGCUUAUCAUACAGAAGACAAUCGAUACCGAUAAGAGGCACAAAUAAAAGACUGCCAAAAUCAUUUGAGAAAAUAAACGAACAAACAUCUGAAUCAAAAAUUAAGGCUAGAAUUUAGCAAACAGGUAUUAUAGGUACAGUUAAUACAACAUAUGUGAUACUCAUAGUAAUCGGUUUAGAUUUAAUUAUUUUUCUUUCCUCGUUUUUUCUAUUAUGUUUUUAUGAACAAGGAAAAAGAUUUCGCGCUAUUUUUAUUUUUCCCUUACAAUAUUAACGGGAGCCAAUUUUGCUCAAAAACUUUGAUAAUUUGCAGUACUCUGAGUAUAGCAAGUAAAGUAAAGCAUAGAAAUUAUCACGAUUUAAAGUAAGCGAAUUAGAAUUAAUUUUGUAUAAUGCAGCUGUGAAACAAAUGUAAGUGUUCUAAUUGUAGCGGCCUAGUAUCAAACUAAGUGAAUAAUCGUUUAUAAGUUGACAAUUUGAAUGUGAAGAAAUGGUAUUCUUUGGCUUUGAAAACUCUUGCAAUAUGCUUUCACAAUUUGGUAUAAUACCAUUGACAGUCCGAUCCAAAAAAUGGGAAGUUUUUAUUCUGUUUAUUUAAUUAUUUGAUACAAAUAAUGAAAAUUCGCCUCACAUCUAUUACUCAACUAAUUAAUACUACUCGUAAAAUUGAAAAUUGCAUUACUAUCAAAUACUAUUGUAAUAAUUAAGAUUGAAAGUACGUACUACAGUGAGUGUAGUAAACUGCCUGUAUGUUGUAUAACAAAAUUUAGAACUUGAAAAAUUUUAGUCUACAUAUUAUACAUAAUAAACAUUGCAGAAGGCAAUCAAUAAUCACAACAUAGGAUAAUAGUUUGCGACACGUACAAGUAAUAAAACGUGCAUAUAUUAUAUCGUUUGACAUAUUGAUUAUCAUUAUUAACGUAGAAUUUUUUAUGAAAUUCUCUGUACAAAAAUCGUUUAAUUUGAUCGUUUAUCCGGUUGAAAUACGUUGUUAAUCCAAUGCAAUAUUAAUUGUUAUUCAAUUCAAAUUAGAACCCGGUUAAAACAAAAAAAAAUUUAGUAUAUAAUUCUCAAUACCGUUAGUGAGUUUAAAAUAUGAUCUAAGAUAUAUUUUCGAAAAAUAUUUAUAAUGUACAUUUAUACGAAAUGUAAUCGCCACUCCACGAGCAGCAUAUCCACGACACCUGAACCAAUGUAUUUAAAUUAUUUAUUGUAAUUUUUUUUGUAAAUAAAUUUAUAUUAAUUUAA